AUGACUGGUUGGCCAGAGGGACUGUAUGGUUUACCAAUGGCUCUGACCGGCUGUUCCGCUAAUUCGACCAUAAACUGGAAAACAGGAACACUACACCAAGACUGCGAGGACACAGACCCACAGACGAGUCAUACAUUCCAGUUCCACCUAAACGCUGUCGUCAAUCGGCUUGGAGAUGUCGAGCGAUCAUUUUGUAUGAAAACAUCCACUGUAAAUGACUCCUACCGGAGCAAGUGGCCUUCUGGAAAUAAUGUGAUGCAAGUGUUGUACUUAGCGAACAAAUAUAUGGUGCCUUCUCUCGCAGAGAAAUGUACCGCAUAUCUGCGUGACCAUUUGAAAGCAUCCAACGUGUUUUGCAUUCUGCCACACGCUCAGAAAUUUGAAGAUAAAGAUUUGAAAGAUCGAUGCUGGGAAGUGAUCGAGAUGCAAACAGAAGAAACUGUGACGUCAGAUGAAUUUGUUACAGUUGAGCGAUCUGUAGUCGAGUCUGUUGUGAAGAGAGAAAAGUUGAACGUGAAGGAAGUGGAACUGUUUAAAGCUGUUGAUCGCUGGGCCACAAAAGAAAGUGAGAGGCAACGAUUAACUCCUGAAGGCGAUGUGAAGAGAAGAAUUCUGGGAGAAGAGAUCGUGAAAGCGAUAAGGUUUCCACUGAUGUCACUGAAGGAGUUCGCCUCAGUUGUAAUCGAUUCUAAUAUUCUAACUCUCAAAGAGGCGGGAGACAUGAUGAAACACUACGGUGAUGUUUUAACGUCAUCUUUGCCAUUCAUACAUGAACCUAGGAUUGGCUGCGCUAGAUACCGAUGCCACAGAUUUGGCAAGAUUUGUCUUCCAGAUAGUAACUGGCAUUACCGUGAUUCCAAGCGUGACAGUGUUCAGUUCUCUGUCUCCAAGCCCGUCACUUUAUUUGGAGUUCAGCUAUUUGGUUCUAGAUCUGGCGAGUACACGGUUGUCACAGAAGUGAAGGAUAGCGCAGAUGACUCGGCUAUUGUGAAACAAUCAGGAUCCUAUGCUUCAGAGAAUCACAAGUCAGAGAAUAAUCAAUAUUACGGUUUUGAUGUGCAGUUUGAUCGUCCAGUUAAUUUGCAGGAAAAUAAGAAGUACAAGUUAGUGUCUCUUAUCGAGGGCCCUAACUCAUGGUAUGGAGACGAAGGACGAGCAUCUGUUGAAUGCAAAGGCGGAGUACGAUUCACUUUUACUUCAUCAGAUGUUGACUCUAAUGGAACAUCUGUAAGGGGAGGACAGUUUCCCGCGUUUAUUUUCGCUUGAGUUUAGUUUUAGUAUUGAAGAGUAGUGAUUUAAAUUUUUUCAUUUCUUGAAAAAUUUCUUGGUGUGUUAUUACAGUAAAACCGGUCUAGUGAUCUUUCCAAUAGUGAAAGUGUGAAAUCAUUUAAUUUUCAUUGAAGUUUCUUGUUCGUUAAACUUGAAAUGAAAAGUUCUAUAUUUACUGGGCGAGACUCAGCUUUGCAUUGAGGGUGAUGUGGUUGAUAUCUAUUGUAACGUAGGUUUCGUCACGUUGCCGUAGCUUGUCAAGUAGGUUUGCAAAGUAAAUAAAGUAGAGUAGAAAAUG